CUCACAUAGAUCGCUGAGAUUCAAUUAAACACCACCACCUCAAUCUUUAUUCACGAGUUUUGGUUACUGUACUUCCCUUCUUUUUGCUAAAUCAUGUACUUUGUUUUGUUGAAGAGAUGCUAUUUCUAAACGUCCCACAUCGGUUAGGUAUAGAAAUUUAGCCAUAAGCUUUACACUAUAAAAGAGGAAACAGGGGCAGGCUCUCAACUCAUACCUUUCUCGGCUUUUUGGCUAAGAUCAAGUGUAGUAUCUGUUCGUAUCAGUUUAAUAUCUGAUAUGUGGUCCAUCGGAUCACACGAUAUUAACUCUAUUUUUUUAGAGAGGAAAACUCGUUAAGAUAGCUUGCUAUCUGGGUUUCUGCGAGUCGUCCAUGCGUUGCACUACUGCACGGGCCUGGGUCAACCCAACUAACCAAUAGUUCAACUCUUUCUCGUCAACUAGAUAAGCUAAACUCAAAAUAACGAGCUCUCUAGUGUUGUUUUCAACCCUCCGAGAUUUUAUUCCAUAUCUCUGGUUUUGUUUUCAUUAAAGAUGAUUAGAACACUAUUUGUGUUUACUACAUGUAAAUAAAACAAAGCAUAUGUUGCAACUUAAUAAUGUGUAAUGUUUUGUAAUUGCUUAAAAUCUAUAUAAGUUGCAAUUGAAAUGAGCUUGCUCUCAAGAGCCUGAAGAAACAGGAACACACAUGUGUUCAAAGCUACAAGCUUUGUCCUGGAGGAUUAAGCAAGCUUCCUCCAAUGGAAAAUGGCGGGAAGUGCUCUCUAGUUAUUCAGAGAUACAGACGACAUCUGGAACUCAACUUAACGACCCUUUCCUCUUCCCCAUCGUUUUCAAAGCUUGUGGUAAGCUCUCAUGGCUGUCACGAGGCAGAUGCAUCCACGCGAGUCUGUACAAGAGAGGGUUUGAGUCUUUUGUCUCCGUCGGGAACUCCAUCGCUGACUUCUACAUGAAAUGCGGAGACUUGUGUUCCGCCACGCGAGUGUUUGACUGUAUGACCUCGAGAGACUCUGUUUCUUGGAACGUCGUCGUUUUCGGGUUUCUUGAUCAUGGGUUCGUAGAAGAAGGGCUAUGGUGGUUUUCGAAGUCGAGAGUUUGGGGGUUUGAGCCUAAUGUCUCGACAUUGGUUCUUGUGAUUCACGCGUUACGUGGUUUGCGAUUGUAUGUUGAUGGAGAGAAGAUUCACAGCUACGUGAUCCGUAGUGGAUUUUAUGGGGUUUCCUCUGUUCAAAAUUCGAUCUUGUCCUUGUAUGCAAAAUGUGAUUUAACAAACGCACGCAAACUGUUCGACGAAAUGUCUGAAAGAGAUGUUAUUUCAUGGAGUGUUGUGAUCAGAAGUUAUGUGCAAAGCCAAGAACCUGUGUGUGGGUUGAAGCUGUUCCGAGAGAUGGUUCGUGAGGGGGAAACAGAGCCUGAUAGUGUAACUGUAACGAGUGUGCUCAAGGGAUGUGCUGUUCUUGAGGAUGUUAAUAUGGGAAGAUCAGUUCAUGGGUUUUCUAUACGUAAAGGGUUUGAUUUGGGGGACGUGUUUGUGCGCAAUUCACUCAUCGAUAUAUAUUCCAAAGGGUUUGAUGUUGAUUCAGCGUUUAGAGUGUUUGAUGAGACGACUUGUAGAAACAGUGUGUCAUGGAAUUCGAUUUUGGCCGGGUUUGUACACAACCAAAGGUAUGAAGAGGCUCUUAAGAUGUUUGGUUUGAUGAGAAAAGAGGCAGUUGAAGCUGAUGAAGUUACACUCGUGAGUCUUCUUCAGGUUUGCAAGUUCUUUGAGCAGCCAUUGCCCUGCAAGUCAGUACACUGCGUGAUGAUCCGGUUUGGAUAUGAGUCUAACGAAGUUGCCUUAAGCUCUUUGAUUGAUGCAUAUACAAGCUGCACUCUUGUUGAUGAUGCAAGAGCCGUGUUUGAGUGGAUGGCGUACAAGGAUGUGGUGUCAUGUAGCACAAUGAUCUCUGGAUUAGCUCGUUCUGGAAGACCAGAUGAAGCCAUUUCAAUCUUCUCUCAGAUGAAGGAUAAGCCCAACGCCGUCACCGUGGUUAAUCUUCUUGACGCAUGCUCUGCUUCAGCAGACUUGAGAAAAUCCAAAUGGGCACAUGGAAUAGCUAUCCGGAGAGGCUUAGCCACAGCUGACAUCUCACUUGAUACCUCCAUUGUUGACGCAUACGCAAAAUGUGGCGCCAUAGAAGUGGCGAGAAGAGCAUUCAAUCUAGUCCCUAGGAAAAACGUCGUCUCUUGGACAGUGAUCAUAUCAGCGUACGCUAUAAAUGGUUUACCGGAGAGAGCAUUAGCAUCGUUUGAGGAAAUGAAACGAGAAGGUUACGCACCAAACGCUGUGACUUAUCUUGCGGUUUUAUCAGCUUGUAAUCAUGGAGGACUGAUCAAGCAAGGUCUCAUGAUCUUCAAAUCAAUGGUUAAAGAUCACAAGAAACCUUCGUUGCAGCAUUACUCUUGUCUUGUUGACAUGCUUAGCCGAGCUGGAGAGAUUGAAACAGCCAUGGAACUAAUCAAGAACCUUCCUGAAGACGUAAAACCCGGGGCUAGUGCUUGGGGAUCAAUUCUUAGCGGCUGCAGGAACCGUUUGAGAAGUGGGAUUAUUACCACAGAGGCAAUAGCUGAGGUUCUUGAGCUUGAACCCUUGUGUUCUUCAGGGUAUUUGCUAGCGUCCAGCGUGUUCGCUGCAGAGAAAUCGUGGGAAGAUGUAGCGUCAAUGAGGAGGUUGGUGAAGGAGAGAAAGGUUCGGGUCGUUGCGGGUUAUAGCACGGUUCUUGAAGGAACCGUGUCUAGGAGGUUCUUGGCGGGAGAGAAGCUAAAACAAAGUGACUGUGAGAUAAAUACCGUCGUUCAGAGCCUUCAUAGAUGCUUGACAUCAGAAAAUUCAAUGGAAUGGAUCUCAACGAAAGUUUUUUAGGAGAAAAAGGUUUUAAGUAUUUGGCUCUUGCUAGUUUGCUGAGUGUUUCAAGAUGCAUGUCAGUUCUUGAUUAAGUUCAUGCACUUUCUUCAUCUAGGUUUAAAGCAGAAGUCCACUGUUCGUAGCUCUCUGAUUAAUAUGUACUCUUAAAUACGGAAGUAUGAUAGAAGCUUCAGAGAUAUUUGAAGAAACAUAUAUAUAUAUAUAUAUAUAUAUAUAUAUAUAUAUAUAUAUAUAUAUAUCUGAUAUUGUUUCUUUCACCAGCUAAGGUCGCUGGAUAUGCAGUACACCGUACACGGGAAUACCAAAGAAGCGAUUCAUAUACUUGAGAAAAGUCUAAGGGUGUAAUACCGGACGAGCCCGAUUGUCCCUUACUUACGGCCCGUCCCACCCAUUUUAAUUUUUUUUUUGAAUUAUUUUUGACCCAAUAAAAAAGAACGGACGGCCCAAGGUACGCCCGAUGCAGAUGCCCUAAGACCAUUAUUAUCCGUGAAACCCUUUUUGGGUUUCUUAGUUUUAAUUUUAUUUUGUUUUUUGCUGAUUUAAAAAAAAAAUUUUUAAAAAGAAACCAAUUGCGGACUGCCACGUUUCAGCAGGGUCCGCAAACAGUACCAGACCAAGAUCGGUCAUUAAUCCAUUACCUUUGUGACUGGUUUUUUGUUUUUCUGUGGGGUCCACACUAUAUUUUACUAUAUAUUUUGCUAAAGAUUCGUCUUAUACCUCCCCGAUAUUGUGGUCUAACUGGUCAUCAUUCCUAAUAGGAAUAUUAUAAAUAAAAAAUGAUUAUUUGUGGAAUAAAAAAGAAUGGAAUGCAUGAAAUGAAAUUAAAACUGAAAUUAUAAAUGGAAUAAAGAAUUCUAUACAUUCCAUUCAUUCACAUUAUCAUAGAUUUUAAAGAUUUAUUAUUUUUGUUUCAUUAAAAAUAAAAUAUCUGGAAUUAUGUUUUAAAAGUUUUCAUUAACACUAGUAACUACUCCCCCUGAUGAUAACAUAACUUAAGAUAUCUGAUAGGACACAAUCCAAUGUGAUGAAUUAACUCAUUCGUUUUGGGUUUGGAUCGGUUCACUUCUCUUGGCAGAUUUGACACUCCUCAUUGAAACUGGAAUAUUUUGAUGACUUCAAACCAUUUGAAAAUCGAAGCUAAUGUCCAUGUCUAACUUUAGACACCGGUCUAGCUCUGGUAAGACAGAAUAUCGAGCGAUAUUUGGGAAAUCAGUCGAAAAUAGGUAUCCUAAAACAACUUUUACAUGUCCCACGGAAACAACCAUAUCUCAAGUUUUAUCAUCUGAAAUGACUUGAUUCAAAUUCGAGAUGAAAUUAGACUCAAAGAUAUUUCUAUGGACACCAAUUUCAUAUUUUAAUUUCAUCUAUAAUGUCUCAUUUGAUUGGCAAACUUUUGACCUUCAAUUCUGUUACACGAAUGGAAUGUGUUCAUCUCUUGAUUCUUUUUCAAAUAUGAUUGAUCUUGACCAUUCCCUUCAUCUUCUCUCAAUCUCAAAAUACACUGGAAGAUUGUAGAUGUUCAUCACUUGAGUGGUAACAUUCCUGUCUAAGUAUCCAUCAUUUGUGUGUUAUUUGUUGCCUCGUUAAAACCGUAACAUGGAAAACCAAAUGAGACAAUAAUGGACAUCCAUAUAGUAAUUCAUAACACAUUAACACUAAUAACUAUUUUAUGGAAUCCCUAUGGAAUGUUCGUUCCAAAUGAUUUUAUUCCAAAAAUGUCAUUUCAGUUGCUGUCUAAAAGUUUAUUUUAAAUUUGACAUUGUAAUUUUAGAUUGUAUAUUAAACGGGUCAUAAGUGAGAUCAUUUGGUUCAUAUUCGGAUAAAAGAAAGGAAUUGGACUUUUACAGAAUAAUUUUGUGGGAAAUAUAGAAUAUGAGCAUCUAAACUAUUAAAACAGGAGUACAUUUUAUACUUACCCCAGACUUUUCCUAAAUAAUUACAAGUGAUUGCCACUGACAUUAACUCUAUGUAUUCACUAAUAUUUAGACGAGGCUUUCACGGGGUAUGACAAAAUGAUUGGGCAAGCUCAUUAACAUUUGUUUGACUCAAAUGGCGUGAAUAUCUCUCUAACCAAUAAAAUGAGAUUCCUUUUUCAUAUCACCACUAUCCCAAUAUCUGCAAGAAAUGGUUUAAAUAAAUUAAUAAACCGAGAUUGUUAAUUCAAGUGCCAAAAUCCAAUUCAAUUAACAUUACAAACCAGAACUAAUACAUAACUUCAGAAAUGUUAAUUGUUCAGAACAUCACUAAACCGGAUUACAUAUAUUACAUGAAUCACAUACAACUUUAAAACCAUUCGGUUUAGCAUAUAUUAGUUGUGAAUAAAUAGGAUUCAAAAUUUAUAUUAAUUUAGUAUUUUCAAACAGAAAAUCUUUCUUGCGAUUUAGUUGGACAUAGCAUUAAAACAAGAUAUCAACUGAAUAAAAAUAUUCCUAAAAUCAUUGACUAUCUUACUAACAUUAACAUAAGCACCUAAAUUAAAGCUAUCACAUUAAUAACAAAAUAUCUAAACUUUCUAAUCACAGUUUACUAGGAUAGACACAUUGCAACAUCUUUAGUAUAUUCCUAAAUUUAAAAUACUUACCAUUACGCAAAAUUGUACCGUAAAGAUUUUUACUAAAUAUUCCUAACAUUUAGUAAUUCCUAUUCUACAACUUGCAAAUCAAUCUUUCAAAUAAUUUAAUUAAAAUUUUACUACCGUCAAUAUCUCGCCUAAAGAACUAUAUAUUCUCUUCAUACUACAUCGAGGACUACGUUCCCAUUCACAUCAGAGACAAAAACAAUGUCGACCAAUACAAGUUUCACAGCUCUGAAAAACGUGAAACCAUUUAAAACUAAAUGGUGAUCUCAAGUCAAAUUGCUCAAUUCCUGGCAACAAAACACCUCAUUCAGAGGAGGAGAGACUCUUCGAUUGGUUUUUGCCGAUGAAUAUGUAAGUUUUGAAAACACAAUCAAAUAUUUUCUUUCAAGUUCCGUUGAUCUAAAACUAAUACCAAAAACAUAUUUUAUAGGAUGAGAAAAUCCAUGCUUAAUGCAAAAGAAAUCACAUGUACAAUGUUCAAUAGAAACUACCAAUUGGGCAAUGGCGUGUGAUUGAAAACUUUUCCAUAACCAGUUAUGAAUAAUUCAAUCAAAUUAAGAGAAAACAAAUAUAUAUAUAAGGCUGGACCUAUCACAUUUAUAAUCGUAUAUGUUCUACAUUAUGUGAUUUUGUAUUAUAAGAGUUAAACUUCAGCAGUGAUUUACUAACCUUGUGUUGUUCGAUAUGCUAUGUUGUCUUCUUGAAAGUGUACGUUGAGUAUCAAACAGACUUGUAUGACCUGCACGCCAUGUAUAGAAUUUUUUUUAAAAAAAAUCAGAAAUAAGAACUUUGUUGUAUAUUUUCUUUCUAUCAAUCAGCUUUAUAAUUCAUAUCAUCGACGUCUAACAAGAGUUUUUGGUUGCUCUAAAAGUGAAAACAAUAACACAAAUGUACAUAAACAACAAUGCGGUUCCAUAAAUACUCAACCGAAAAUAAAUUCUCUGUCUUAUAUAGACAUAUACAUGUAAUCUACAACCAAUUUUAGAAAGAAACCAUGUUACAUAUAUCAUCCUAAUUGACCUAUUCAAACAACUGUUAUCUUCAAAGAAGAUUAUCUUUAUAAGUUUAUUCAAGUGUUAAGACAAACAGACUAAAAUAAUAUAUCAACCAGCGUAGCUUAGAUUAUUACUCACACGGAUAUUGAAAAGAAGAAAAUAGAGUACUUAGCUUUUUCUUAGACUUUCAUGUGGGCUUCAUCCUCAUUACAGUUAUGGAUUUUCUCUUAUCUCUAUCUCGAUCACAAUUUCAUCUGACCACUGUCCAUUAUAUCACAGAUCUUUGCAAAGGAUCACAGAUCUUCAAAGUCUUAAUUUUGAAGUCUUCAAUGUCUACGUUUUCCUUCUAUGUCUUCAGUUCUUACAUCUGCAAGUAAACCAAUAUGAUACCCAUAAGAUGAGUCGUUGAUGUCAAACAGAGGAUAUAGUUGGUUCAGCUUUUACAACAAAAAUUCAAGAAAAUUAGUACCUUGAUUCUAUCGAUUUCACGAUUGAUUGCAUUUUGAUCCAUUUGAACAGGAUUGAAAUUGUAAGAAAUUCUGUGGAACUCGCCAAAUAGAUGUUUAAUGAACUUGGAACAUUGGAACCCUAGAGUCCUUUGUUUAGAUCGCGAGGUGAGUUUUUUUUAUGGUCGUUUCUGUUUUUUUUUUCCUGCGUAAAGUAGUUAAAUACCUAAUUGGGCUUUAGUUAUCUAUAUUAUUAACAGGUUAACCAUUUGUACCACCAACAAUUAAAAGCCCAUUAUGUCGAUUAAAUUUUUUUAUCAACAUAUCUAUCACAAAAAUCUAUUUCUAAAUAUGCUAUUAUAUACUGAACCAAAUUAUUUUUAAUCUAUUCUGAUGCUUCGGCUACAAAAUUAUCAAAUUAUAUUAAUAUAACAAAUUAUAUAUUAUUUAUUUUUAUAUAAUAUCAAAAAAUAUUAAAAUUCGAGUUUCUUUCAUAUACAUAUAAUCCACCCAACUAUAUUUGAUCUAUAGUAAAAAAUAAUAGUGUUAGUACUUUCGCGAAAACUUAUUCCUUAAAAAUAAAACUAUUUAUUUUCUAAAACAGACUAAUAAAUAAAAACAUAUUAAUAUUUUUUCUAAUUGGUUUUAUAUACAAAUAAACACAAACAAAUUCUACGAUGAACAAACGUUAUCUCGACAAUGUGGAUAUAAUAAAAAAUAACUAAUGUUAUUUUUUUUAAUCAGCAUAGACUACACUAUUAGCAACAUCACACUUAUACAAAUUUAAAACAAAAAAAAUAAACAAUACAAACAAUACAAACCGAAAAGAAACACCCGCGCGGGCGCGCGGGUCAAGAUCUAGUUCUUUCUUAAAAGACAUGAUAAUAAGUUGUAUGUUUCCUUGACAUUUUUUUGAAUUGAGAGAAAAAAAAAUGCACAAAAAAGUACAAGGGAUUAUACAACCACCCAUA